AUGGCUUUUCGAGAAGAAAACAUGUAUUGGGAGCAAAAAAGUAGAGAUCAGUGGCAUAAAGAUGGGGAUAGAAACACAAAAUUCCAUCAUGCCACAACAAAAAAACGAAGAGUCCAGAAUAGGAGCAUUAGCAUUAAAGACAAACAUGAGAGGCUGGUAGAGAGUGAAAUCGAGGUGGAGAACGUGGCUGUUCAAUACUUUCGAGAUCUCUUCUCUACCUCCUCGCCGACAGAGUUAGACGCUUCCCUUCGAUUCAUUUCUGAAAAGGUGUCUCACACCGACAAUAUGAUACUUUUGGAGAAACCGUCGGAACAUGAAAUUAGGAAAGCUCUUUUCGAAAUCAACCCGGACAAAGCUCCCGGACCAGAUGGCAUGACUAGUAAAUUGUUUCAAAAAUUCUGGCGCGAGAUGCGUCAAGACAUUAUUAGACUCGUGCAAGAUUUCUUCGAGACGGGCAGCUUUGAUCCACUAUUGAACCAGACAAAUAUAUGCCUCAUCCCUAAAAAGAAGAAACCUCGAGACAUGACUGAGUUCAGACCUAUCAGCCUCUGCAAUGUUAGCUACAAGAUUAUAUCCAAGUUACUAUGCAAGCGACUUAAGAGGGUUAUUCCGCGUUUGAUCUCAGAGACACAAUCUGCUUUUGUUUCAAAACGUUUGAUUACUGGUAAUAUCCUGAUAGCACAAGAAAACUUUCACGCUCUACGGACGAACCAGAGAUGUAGGGAAGAUUUUAUGGCUAUUAAAACAGACAUGAGCAAAGCUUAUGAUAGAGUGGAAUGGAACUUCCUAGCAGCCUUGAUGCUAAAGAUGGGUUUUGAUGAAAGACUGGUUGACCUCAUUAUGUGUUGUGUCACGUCGGUCACAUACCAAAUUUUAGUCAAUGGACAACCAAGAGGGCGAAUCUUACCUAGGCGAGGCUUGAGACAAGGAGACCAUCUUUCCCCCUUUUUGUUUAUCAUGUGUACGGAAGCUUUAAUCUCUCUUUUAGACGGAGCAGAAGCGGAAAAGAAGAUUGAGGGGCUUCGGGUUGCUAGGGCGAGCCCAAGGAUCUCCCACCUUUUAUUUGCAGAUGACAGUCUUUUCUUCUGUAAGGCGGAAUUAAGCCAAUGCAAGGAGAUCAUAGACAUUCUAGACUUAUAUGGAAAGGCAUCAGGACAACGACUAAAUGCGUCAAAAUCCUCUGUCUUUUUUGGGAACAAAGUACAUUUAUCUCUGAAACAAGAUAUAAAAGAAGUUCUUGGAUUUUCUUCUGAAGGAGGCAUGGGGAUGUAUCUUGGCCUACCAGAGCAAAUAUGUGGCUCGAAGAUGAAAGCGUUCUCUUUUGUACAAGACCGACUAAAUGGGCGAGUCAACAAUUGGUCAUCUAGACUCCUCUCCAAAGGGGGAAAAGAAGUCCAGAUUAAAUCUGUGGCUCAAGGAGUCUCAACCUAUGUGAUGUCAAGUUAUUUGCUUCCAAAAGGCAUCACUGCUAAACUUAGGAGCACUACUUCAAAUUUUUGGUGGAGUUCAAAACAAAAUAGCAGAGGAAGAUAUUACAAUCACACCUCUCCUUUAGAAGACCGUCGAACAUACUCACCAUCAUAUGGAUGGCGUAGUAUUAUGGCAGCGAAACCCUUACUCAUUUCGGGACUACGGAGAACUAUUGGUACGGGUCAAGACACGAGGGUCUGGAGCGAGGCCUGGGUCCCAGAUUCAGUGGCUAGACCACCAAGACCUGCUAGCCAUAUUGUGUACAGACUACCUCAACUCCUUGUUCAGUCCUUUAUUAGAACUGAUACCAAGGAGUGGGACAUACAGCUCUUACGAGAAUUUUUCCACCCAGACGAUAUCCCGCUGAUAUUGGGGCUAAAACUAUCACACUCACUUACCCCAGAUGGAUAUGUUUGGAACUACACAAAAUCUGGAGUGUACUCAGUUAAAACCGGCUAUGAUCUCCUCCAAGAAACUAAGCAGAGUCUUACACACGAAGGGGCCAUGGAACCGAGUUUUACGACUCUCCAAAGCCAUGUAUGGAAGCUAAAGACUCCCACCAAGAUGAAACAUUUCUUGUGGCAAGCAAUAUCGGGCUGCGUGGCGACGGCAGAGAGGCUUGCAUAUAGACACCUGGACACCGAUAGGAGUUGUCCUAGAUGUGCUGACCCAGUGGAAUCGAUUAAUCAUCUUCUUUUUGAAUGCCCUCCAGCCCUUCAGGUUUGGGCUUUAUCGGACUAUCUGUCCCUUCCGAGUUAUUUCCCGAGUACAUCUAUAUUCCAAAACAUGAACUUUCUGUUUUGGAAGAGAAAAGAGGUGGCUCCACUGAGACCACAAUUCGAUACCUUCCCUUGGAUCUGUUGGUACAUUUGGAAGGUGAGGAACGGCAAACUCUUUAAUGGGAAAGUUGUAUCCCCGAUGGAUAUCCUCCAACAUGCGUCCCUUGAGGCAGAAUGUUUGAGGAAGGCUAACGAAAAAGAGGAAGUAGAGGAGGAUCAUUAUGACCCUCCUGCUAUCGAAGAGGAGAUAGUGCCCCCUUGGAUACCUCAAAUCCCUACAUGUCGAAUUGAUGCAUCAUGGAUCAAUAAUGACAGCGUUAGUGGGCUAGGGUGGAGUUUUAAGGAUCAGUUGGGCUCUGAAUUUUUCGGAUUACGGGCGUGCAACAGGAGUCUCUUAGACUUGCAUGAUGAGAUGGAAGGUUUACUUUGGGCAGUCUCAUGUAUGAGAGAAAUGAGGAUAUAUUCGAUACGGUUCGAGACAGAAUGCUCGGACUUAGUGGAUAUGACUAUGAACCCGAUGGAGUGGUCUACUUUUGCAACAGAGAUUGAGAUGCUUCAAAGACUCCAGGAGGUUCUUGAGGAUGUGAGUUUGUCUCAUAUUCCUCGAAGUAGGAAUGGACGAGCAGACGCGCUAGCGAAAGAAGCAAGACGAAGAGGUUUCAAAAUUGAUAAGCUUGAUUUCCCACAGAUGCUGUAUAUUGUAGGGCAGGAACCUUUUCUGAGUAAAAGCAUUGCCUACUACAGCGAUGACAGCAAGCACUUCCCUGCUCUUAAAGAAGCACUCAAGGCAGAUGAAUGGGAGGAGCUCAAGAACUCGAGAUUAGGAGUGUUCUUAAAGUUCCACGAAAUGAAGUUUGGAUGGGCUUCAAGGGUGGUGCACUAUAUACUGUGUUUUCAGCUUGAGUGCAAGAAGAAGUAUGAGUUGUGGAGACUCAUAGGUGUUCAACCAGUGAGGUUUUCUCUGCAUGAAUUUGAAGAGAUAACUGGUCUGAACUGCGAGUAUGUGAAGAAUCUCGAGAAUCCGUUGGUUGAGGUAACGGAUGACAUGAAAGAAUUUGGGGGCAGAUGGGAGUGA